AUGAGCGCGACGAAUAAAGAAAAAACUACCCGGGAGGGUCCCGUUCGCGGGGAAUCCCUUGGUGGGUCGGACAGCCGGCCCAUCGGCCCCAUUGUAUACGGGGGGGCCAUUCGCCGUGUGAAGGAGGAGAGAAGGUUAGGGUCAAAUGGAGGAAGUAGAGAAGAGAAGGAGAGAGAGAGGGAUAGAGUGAGGAGGCUGUCUGAUUCAGAUUCAACAGACAGCAGGGGCUCCAUGGCAAGCGCUUCCAGCCGCUAUGCUUCCAUGGAGUCCCUUGACCAGGAAGGUGCCGGAAGAUUCUGGAGUGAGGGCCGCGGCCAGAAGAGGCCCAGAGAUAAGGAGUUGAGCGGCAGCUCCACAGACACCCCCGCCAAAGGGGCACACAAAAGAAGGGGACGCGGCCGUCCGCCAACUACCGGCGAAUACGUCGGGCUGGCGGCCGCCAAAGAAUCUUUACGAAGAGCGACAGAGGCGGAGAUGAGGGCACGAGCCGAGGCGGAGCUCCUCGACUCGGUUUUGGAGGCCCGCAAGACCCGCUCGGCCAUAGUCGCGGCAGGCCCAUCUAAUGCCGCGCCACUGGAAAAUGACGAAGACACGGCGACCACCGUCCUCAAACGGAUUGGGUCCAGCCUAGACGUGGUUGAGAAGGUAGCGAAGAAGUCGUCCAAUUUAAAAGGGACCUUCGUGCGCGCACUGCAAGACGCGGUUAGUGCCAUUAAGGAAGACGUUGCUGGCCUUGCGCAGAGGACGAUAUCGGAUGAAACACGCGCCUUGCAGGCAGAUAACGCCCGCCUGCAAGCCGAUAUGGCCAGCCUCCGCAAGGAGCUAAAUGAGAUGCGCCAGGAGAUGGAGAGGGUGCGGAAACAGGGUUCCGCCAAUGCCCUCAUGGAUACGACAAUGGAGGCCGUCCCUGUCCGGCCCCCACCACAACCACAAGCAGAGUCCUCCCUAGAGGACAUAUGUCGGGCGGUAAUGGUCCAGGUGGGCGGUAUGCUCAACGCCCGCCUGGCUUCACUAGAGGAUAGGUUGCUCCCUGAAAGGAAUAUGCGACCACCAUUGGCGUCGGAUAAAAACAAGGAAGACCGCACAUAUGCGACUGCGACCGCGAAGCCCAAACCCGCACCAUCUUCGGGUACCCAAAAAACAGCUGGGACGAAGGCGCCCCUGGUGCCAGCACAGCCCGGUCCCAGUGGGCUCACGCGCCAGCCGCCCACCGUGCCCAAGAAGAGCAAAAAAGGCUCCAAAAAAGGAGCCAAAAAGAAGAAGAAAACUCGGCCGUCGACUGGCGAGAACCUUAAGUCCUCCUCUGUCGCCCCCGUAGCACCAUCAAAUGCCCCUCCUCGCCGUCCUCUUAACCCGGACGCGCUCGAGGAAAACUGGGUCACCGUAGGGAGGAAUGGUAAAGCGCAACGGCACAAGUCGAAAGCGGCUCCCACGCAGGCAUCAACAUCCCCGCCUGCACCGCGGCCGCAGAGACUUAAAGUGCCUCGGAGCUCUGCCGUGGUCGUUACACUUACUGAAGCGGCUAUCAAUAGGGGGCUGACGUAUAGCAGCGUCCUGAAAGAGGCGAAAUCGAAGCUCGAUUUAAAAGAGGCGAUCGGCGUAGAAGCGGUGCAAUUCCGUCGGGCGGUCACCGGGGCUACUAUCAUCCGCAUCCCCGGCGCCACCAGCGCCCCAAAAGCAGAUAUCCUGGCGCAAAAGCUCCAGGAAAUAUACCAAAGUGACGACAUUAAGGUCUCCAGACCCGAAAAAAUGAUCGACGUUAAGAUCGAAGGUCUGGACGACUCUACUACACCAGAAGAAAUCAAAGAGGCCAUAAUCAAAAAAGGGGCAUGCACGGCAGACCAGGUCCGAGCUGGCCAACUCCGCCAGAACAGAUAUGGUCUUUUCGACAUCUGGGCCCAGGUCCCUGUCACAACAGCAAAGAAGCUAGUGACUGGCCGCUUCUUAGUGGGCUGGGUAGCUGCCAAGGUCACGAUUGGCAGACCAAGGGAGCUACGCUGCUACCGAUGCAUGCAGCAAGGACAUACAGCGAGUCGCUGCGACGCGGAGGACCGCAGCCGGCUCUGCUAUAAAUGUGGACAAGAAGGCCACAAGGCCGCAUCCUGCCCGUCGCAACCAAACUGCAUCCUGUGCACGGCGGCGGGCAAGGAUGCCAAACACCGGCUGGGGAGUUUAAAUUGCUCGGCGCCCAGAAAAACGGUCCCCAAGAGAGCGCUAGCGGAAGUAGCACGUAGCGCGCCCCCACCGAGCGGGGAAGAAAUGGAGAUAGCGGAAGCCGUGCAAAAUUAA